AUGUCGACGAUUGAUGGCCACGAACCAGUUUCCAGAAACGAAGAUGAGUUCCAAGGUCCUUGCAAGCAGAUCAUUCUGUUCGGAGACUCCAUCACGCAGAUGUCGUUUAAUCAGGAAGACGGAUUCGGCUUUGGGGCAUCACUACAAGAUGCAUAUAUUCGAAGGCUGGAUGUGAUUAACCGAGGCUUUGGCGGCUACAAUACUCAACAUGCAAUUAAAGUGCUUCCGAAGUUCUUCCCCAAAGUAUCACAAACUAAGGUGGCUCUCAUGCUCGUUUUCUUUGGCGCCAAUGAUUCCUGUCUUCCACACGCUGCGACGCACUAUGUCCCCGUUGAAAACUAUCGACAAAACCUCGCAGACAUCAUCAGAAAUCCAUGUAUUCAAGCCCACGACCCAAAAAUAUUGCUGAUCACUCCUCCACCUGCCAACGAGCAUCAAAUAGAGCAGUACGAUUUUGCUAAGGGUCACUCCUCAUUACGAAGGCGGGCGGAGAAUACGAAAUUGUAUGCGGAAGCAUGUAAGAACGUAGGUGCUGAGCUUCAGGUACCUGUGGUGGACUUGUGGACUGCUUGUCUGGAAGAUGCAGGCUGGAGGAAGGGAGCUGCAUUAUUAGGUUCUAUGUCUACCCCCAGGAAGCAUGAGUUUGAUGCCUUGUUCUUGGAUGGUAAGAUAUGCAGUCUAGACGGGGCUUUGGCAGAGGCUGACUCGUCCGCAGGAGUUCAUCUUCGAUCAAGUGGUUACAAGAUCCUGUAUUUGGAGGUCAUGAAAGCCAUUAGAAGCAACUGGCCAGAAUUAGCCCCUGAAAAUUUGCCUUUUGUAUUUCCGACCUGGGAAUUUGCACCAAAAUAG